AUGCCGUCCACUACUGAGGGUCACAGCGUGACUGAGAAGUCUACACGGCUAUCGACACCAGAAACGAGUCGGACAGACGUUUCGCCCGCCGCCAAAGCGUCCACGACAAGCCGCGUCGCCAACCACCUCACAGAAGAUAUCCGGUCCUCCGCAUUUGCAGAGCUGCUCCUCGUAGUUCUCACCUUUUGUACCGGCAUGCAAGAUGCCACAACAUUUCCCGACUACCACUGCUUUGCCUCGAACCAGACCGGCAACACCGUGUUCCUCUGCCUGGCUCUGAUUAUGCCGCAGCUCAACGGGGAAUCCUUCAUCACCUCGAACAUCGGCAUGGCUCUUGGCCUCUUCCUCGGGGCCGGGUGGCUGACCGGCCAACUGAGCCACAUCAUCGGUGCUCGAAAACGAUGGUGGCUCAUUCUGUGCAACUUUGUGCAAAGCUGCUUCGUCUUGGGAGCCGCAGGCAUUCAAUACCGCUAUGGCGUCGAGGACCGGGGUUCAACAGCACUCGCAGUCGUCGGCUUGCUGGCGUUCGCUGCUGGAAGCCAGGUUGUCCAGUCGCGGAGUCUUGCCAUGACCGAAAUCAGCACGGCCAUGGCGACGGCAGCCUGGGUCGACCUCCUGAUUGAUCAAAAACUCUUCGCUCCGAAGAAUCGGCCACGCACACGGCGCAUCGCCUUUUUGGUAUCCCUGGUUGUGGGAUCCCUUAUCGGUGCCGUCAUCUAUCGGGAGGUGGGCUCUGCGACCGUCAUUGUUGUAUCCGGGGCGGGAAAGCUUCUCGUGACAGUGCUGUACGCUUUUUCUCCCGCGGAGAAGAAGCAGAACGAGUGCUUGUCGCCUGUAUGA